UUCGUUUGUCAGUUUGCAAAAAUAAUAUCAUCAGAGGAAAGUGCGCGGCGUCUGGUUGACCUCUUGUUUUUCAAUAUUGGCAUUUUAGUGAACAAUGCAUUGACAGUUUUAGUUAAUCGUGAUAAAAUAUUGAUCCAGUUUUACCUUUUUUUAAUACAUCGAUCGUGUGUACCGUUCUCAUUUGACGCACCGUUGAUAAUCACGUAUCUCGAUCGAAGAACCGCAUCCGCAAACAAUGGAAACUCCCCUGAAAAGUAAAAUUUUGGCCAAACUUUUGCAAAGCGAUGCUGGUCUACAGUCACCGAUGCCCAGUCAUUCCUCGGGCAGUGGAGACCGACAAGCCCGACAUAUUACUAGCGUCACACGGCUACCAUCUUCGCCAUUUCUUCAGAGGCUUGGCUUCGGAACUGGUGUGGACGUGCUCCGAAUAAAAAGGUCUCCUACGAAGAACUCCAACAAGUCCCCAUGGGCAAUCAAAAUGCUGUCACGACGAGGCACCCCGGAACGGGCCAAAUUGUUCGGGGAUCGAUUGACCGAGGAAGCUAACAUUCUUAGAUCAUUGGAUCAUCCGAAUAUCGUCGGUUAUCGGGGCUUUGACUCGUUGGAAGCUGGUAAGGAAUAUAUUGCGAUGGAAUACUGCAACACAUCGCUCGGGGACCUAUUGCAGUUGCGCUAUGACAAUGGUCUUGGGCCGCUGGAAGCCCACAAAGUACAACGAAUGGCGCUAGACACACUAAAUGCGCUCGAUUAUCUGCACACGGUUGCGCUUAUUCUGCACGGCGACCUCAAAUCGUUCAACAUCCUGGUUAAGAACGAUUUCGAAGUGUGCAAACUGUGCGACUUUGGGGUCAGUCUACCCCUAACAACGGAAGGUUUCCUGGACACGGAAAAGAAGAAAGAUGCCCAAUAUGUGGGCACUGGGAUCUGGUCCGCACCGGAGGUGCUGGAAGAAGACGUAUCGUUGAUCAGUUCCAAAGCGGACAUUUUCAGUUUUGGUUUGGUGAUUUACGAAACGAUUGCGCUGCUGCCGCCGCAUACUUUUCCCGGCAUGAAGGACGAAAGCAUUGCCAGUUCGGCGGAUUAUGCCGUGAUGAAAUCUAUUAUUCAUGGGAAACCAGGAAAUCCCGUGAGCCGGAAGCUGGAUAUUAGUGAGGUCAUUGUGUUGGAUGAUGAACCAGAGCAGGAAAGGAAUGAGUCCGUAUCAGCUGAGUCUGGGAAGAAGCGAAAGUUUAGCCGAGAGGAAGAAUCGGAAUCACAACCGACGAAGAAAUCCUCCUCUGAGCCAGAUUCGACCACAGAUACUACCAUUAUUACGAUCGCUGAUGAUAGUCUGCUGCAGGGCGACAAAAGUGUGAUCACAGUUGAAGACGACGACGAAGAUGAGGACGAUGUUAUCGAUGAAGAGGAUGAUGAUUUCGGCGAAGAGGAUCUGGAGGAAGGCGAGGAGGGCGACUAUCUUGACUAUGGUUGCUUGGGGACACGCCCUCCCAUCCCGGAGGGGCUCAAUCUACCGGAUGAUUACAAUUUUAUACUCGAGGUAUUUUUCGUGUGCACACAGGAGGACUACGAGGCGAGACCUUCCGCAAAAACGUUGCUAGCGGCCUGGCAGAAGAAAACCGAUGCCAGCAGCGGAGAGUCGAACGGGGAUACACCGACGGAAGUGAAGACGAGCGAAGAGGUGGCCUAAUGGUGUGGGUUUGGAGCAGCCGUAAUUGUAGAAUGAUUCUUCAAAAUUGUCCCUUAAUUCGUUCUUUUAAAUCUAAGGAAGAAAUUAUAUUUGAAACAGUUGAAGCUUCA